AUGGCCGACGAAGAAGAUUUCUCCUCCAUUCCCUUGCCUGACCGCUUCACACACAAGGUCUGGAAGGUCAGAAAAGCAGCAUACGAAGAAGCUACCAAGCAAUUCGAAAAGUCCCCUGACGAGUCGGAUCCUUGUUUCCGACCAUUCCUGAGCGACGCAAGCCUAUGGAAUAAGGCUGUUCUCGACUCAAAUGUUGCUGCUCAGCAAGAAGCCGUUACCGCCUUGUGCGCCUUUCUCAAAUAUGGCGGAAGAGACUGCUGCUUAAGGACGCGGGGCCAGACCAUUACUCCCAUGGUCGAAAAGUGUCUUUCCUCCACUCGAGCCGCCAUCAAGCAAAAUUCCAUCGAAGCUCUACUACUCUACAUCGAGCUCGAUGUUGCCGGACCCGUCAUUGAGGAGAUGCUUCCUGGGUUGAACAACAAGGUCCCCAAGAACGUUGCUGCGACCCUAAACGCCCUCACACAAAUCUUCCACAACUAUGGCUGCAAGGUCGUCGACCCGAAACCUGUGCUCAAGGCACUCCCCAAAGCCUUUGGUGCUGCCGACAAGAACGUCCGUGCUGAGGCUACAAACCUGACAGUCGAACUUUACAGAUGGUUGAGGGAGGCUAUGAAGCCCAUGUUCUGGGGCGAGCUUAAGCCUACCCAGCAAACUGAUUUGGAAGCACAGUUCGAGAAGAUCAAGGCCGAGGGUGCCCCCAAGCAAGAACGUCUGCUCCGAUCGCAACAAGAAGCUCUGGCUGCUGCUCCUGAAGGCGGCGAGGAAGGCGAGGAGGGCGGAGAAGAGGGAGGUGAAGCUGAAGAGAUGGACGCCUUCGAUCUGGCCGAGCCUCAAGAUGUUAGCAAGAAGAUCCCACCUAACUUUAGCGAUCAGCUCGCCUCUUCGAAGUGGAAGGACCGAAAAGAAGCUGUCGACGCCCUCCACGCAGCACUCAACGUCCCUCGAAUCAAGGAAACCGAUUUCAACGAAGUCACCCGUGGCUUGGCCAAGUGCAUGAAGGACGCCAACGUUGCUGUUGUUACCCAAGCCGCUCUUUGCAUUGAGCUCCUGGCAAAGGGUCUUCGCCAGGGCUUUGCGAAGUACCGCUCUACCGUUAUGCAGCCCAUCAUGGACCGCCUCAAGGAGAAGAAGGCCGCAGUAGCAGAUGCUCUUGGUGCUGCUCUCGACGCUUCUUUUGCCUCUACCAACUUGUCCGAGUGUAUGGAGGAUAUCAUCGCUUACCUGAGCAACAAGAACCCCCAAGUCAAGGAGGGUACCAUGAAGUUCUUUGUUCGCUGCCUGCGAACAACACGAGAUGUGCCCAGCAAGCCCGAACAAGCUACCAUCGUUGAAGCCGGUAAGAAGCUUCUGUCCGAGUCAAGCGCUUCUCUUCGUGAUGGUGGUGCCGAGAUUCUUGGUACUCUCAUGAAGAUCAUCGGUGAGCGUGCCAUGACCGCCAACCUGGAGGGACUGGACGACAUUCGCAAGAACAAGAUCAAGGAGUAUUUUGACGCCGCCGAAGUUAAGGCCAAGGAGAAGCCCAAGCCCAAGCCUGCUCCUGCACCCAAGGCCGCACCCGCGAAGAAGGUUAUGGGUGGAAAGAAGCCCGUUGCCAAGAAGCCUGCUCCCGCUGCUGCCCCUGUGAUGCCCGAUGAUACCCCUCUUGCUCCUCAGCCCACUCCCCGAGCGGCUCCUGGCAAGCUUACGAAGCCUGGUCUUGGUGGAUUGAGGAAGAAGACAAUCGGUGCCCCUCCCGGGUCUCCUCGCCGCGUUCCCGCAGCACCUGUUAUGCCUGACGACGACGAACCAGCGCCUGCUCCUCCACCUCAACCUCGCAUGGGACUUUCUCGUGGUCUUGCUGGGCGCUCUCUCGCCAAACCUGCCGCACCCUCACCUCCAGUCGAACCAGCCUCGCCACCACCCUCUAGUGGUCUCACCGCUGUGGAACGAGCCGAGAUUGAGGAACUUCGAGCUGCCAACGACCGACUCACCCGCCAAGUUGAUGAGAUGCGACAAGAACGUAGCAAGUUCAUGUCGGAGAUUCAGGAACUCAAGAACCAGAACGCUGGUUUGAUCGAAGACCACACUCGCGACGUGUUGAGCAUCAAGGCCAAGGAGACUCAACUGGUUCGCGCGCGAAGUGAUGCAGAGGCUACCGAGCAGACCAACGACCGCUUGAGACGCGAACUGGAAAGACUUAAGAAGGCUUUGAGCACCGCCGAAAGAUUCGAAGGCUCGGGAAGCGGCAUGGCAAGCCCUCGUCUUGCUUCACCUACGAACGAAGACGUCUACAGAGAUCACGGACCUCCAUCAGUCAGCCGCCAUAGAAUGAGCAUUGCUAGUAGCAUGUCCGAAGAGAAGGAAAAUGGAGAGGCAAUGGCACCUCCUCGUAACAAGUUCAGUCCCGAGAUGCGAUACGCUGGUAGUGCAAGCUCAUCUGGUCGUGGAUCCCCGGCACGCGGAUUUAGAAGUUCUCGACCCUACGGCGACGAAGACCAUAUACCAGCUCCCUCCCAACGCCCGAUGUCAUCACUGCCUCAACCCACAGGAAAUGGUGCUGAGAGUUGGAGGAGAGCAGCUGAGGUGACGAGUCAAUUGAAGGCCCGAAUUGAACAGAUGAAGGCCAAACAAGGACUCGCUCGACCUUAG